GGACACAACUGCAUUACUGGCCACACAAGGGGUAACUUGGCUCCCGUCCACGUGGCUAACCUCCAAGACCACACCAAAGCUUAAGGAGACCCACCUCACGCUCGAUGUUGAUGCAGCGAUUGUUGCUGACUUCUGCCUCUCGCUAGCAACAGAUAAACACCCCGCAGCAGCAGGUUUUCGCAAUCUGCUGCUAGCACCGGGGGCAAACCUAGCCGCCACUAGCCAGCAGGGAAAGGGGAAACACACCAGACCCACCUCCACCGAGCCACUGCGGAUCCAAUCCUCAGCUGCAUCAGCCGCCCAAGAUGGUCUGUCUUAAUUUUGCCACAUGGAACGUUAGAGGGCUCGGAGACACCAAUGGGAGAGAGAAAAGAUCCAGACUGAAAACCUGGAUCCACGAUCAGCAAAUACACGUGAUGGUUCUCCAGGAAACCAAGUUAAACGAGCAAAAGAUAAGACAGAGAUCCCGCUGGUGGAAAGGACAGCAGUACUGGUCCCCGACUGACGGGACUAAAGGAGGGACUGCGAUCCUCUUACACCGAGACCUUGAGGUUCAAUAUCUCGAUCACCAAAUUGACAUCUGGGGCCAAUGGCUCUGGGUCACAGUCCAGAUAGGAGAUGGACAGUGGACCAUCGCUACAAUGUACACACCUUCGGAGCCAGCAGAGAGGAAAGCCUUCCUCUCCGAGCUGCCAGCGAUCCUGCCUGACGCACCGCACCUCCUAGUAGCCGGAGAUUUCAACACCACUUUGGUUCCAGGGCUCGACUCACCUGAAGCGACACCAAUCAAAUCAGAUGCCCUGCUCCUAAACUCCUUCAUGGAGGAGAGGGGUCUCGUAGAUGCUUUUAGAAUGACACACCCGGACAUACACGGCUACACCUGGCAUUCCUCUCAGAAAACAGAGGACAGGAAACCACCCAAACGCAGACUGGAUCUGGUGCUGGCCAAAGGACAGGCUUGGAACUCAUUGACCUCAGUGGAGGUCAUCACCCACCCCAUGUCGGAUCACAGGCCACUGCGAGUCACCAUGGAGACCGGGGUAGAACUGAAGAGGGGUAUCGACAUUUUCAGACUGAACACUGACCUCUUGAGGCACAAUGAGAUCUUGGAAUGGAUCAAGCAGCAUUGGGUGGAUUGGGAACAUCAGAGAGACUCUUUCCCAACGGAGGAAGGUUGGAUACAAAUGGGCUUCAGAAUCGUCACCAGGGCACUCGAUGACAUAUUAACCUCUAGAAGGCCACCCAAUCUGUCGCUCGCGCAACUGAGAGCCGAGAACGAUCUCUGGGAACAUACUACCAAGACCCUCUUAGUGACGGCGAGACUGCAAGUGGACAGGCCGGUCACAUACGAGGAGCUGACAGAGGCCCGGAAAGCAAUGGCCAAGGGAAAGAGCCCCGGCAGCAACGGACUCCCUGUGGAAUACUAUGAGGCUACCUGGGACCAAAUAGCUCCCAUACUGGUCCAGCUUUACAACCAUAUCCUGGAGGGAGGUCACUUGAUGAAGGACAUGAGGACCGGCGUCAUCACGUUGAUCUACAAGAAGGGCGACAAGAGAAGCAUUAUAAACUAUCGCCCUAUAUCCAGGUUAAACGUCUCCUACAAACUCCUCUCAAAGCUAUUGGCGAGAAGACUGGCUCCGCUCCUUCCCGAGCUCAUCCACACUGACCAGGGCGCAUUCAUACAGGGUCGGUCUAUUGCAGAGAACAUCUUCACUGCAGUGGGAGCACUCGAGAUAAUACACAGGGAGAACAGACAGGUGGCCAUUACUAUGCUGGAUUUGGAAAAGGCAUAUGAUCGAGUGAAUUGGUCUUUCGUAUUGGCGACACUCGAUCAUAUGAACUUUGGACCAUGCUAUCGCCGCUGGGUCCAGGAGCUGUACAUGGAUACCACGACAACGAUUUUAGUCAACGGGCAUCAGUCCCUGCUGUUCUCCCGGACUCGCUCCCUCAGACAGGGAUGCCCGUUGGCAUCACUGCCGUUCGCUGUACAAAUGGAGGUCCUCCUGAACAGCCUGAGAGCCUCCCCCAGAAUCAGAGGAUUGCAACUGGGAAGGGACAGAGUACUGCUGACAGGCGCAAUAGCUGACGAUCUUCUCCUGGUUGCUGAAGCAAAACCAGUCACAAUGCGAGAGAUCAAAUCCCAGCUGGAUGUUUACUCCACCCUCUCUGAAGCUCAAGUCAACUGGGCUAAGUCAGUGUAUAAUUUACCAGAGGACUAUAGGCUCGAGGAGGACUGGGGAAUGAGGAGAAUAAGGACAGCGGCAUCCGAAAGAUAUCUGGGGCUCCAAGUCUCCCUCACCUCCGCGAGGCCAGAUCAGGACAAUAUCAUCGCAGCCAGGACAAGAGCGAAACUCCAGGCCUGCAGAGCAGCAACGGGGAUGUCCCUCUUUGGAAGAGCGCUGGUGCUGAACGCAGUGGUGUUCGCUCAGAUCUUGUAUAUAGUGACAAUCUACUUGAUCUCCAAACCGACAACAACUCGCCUAAAGUGUGAUGCAGCGCGGUACCUGUGGAAGCCGGGAGCUGAGGAGGACGAAGGAUACAUCACCAAAUGCGCCUGGGACAGCAUCACUAAGCCGAAGCAUCAGGGAGGGCUGAGCGUCCUCGACCCUGUAGCCCAGAACCUCUCCCUCCUUUUCAAGUGGAUCGUCAAGGCUGCUACACAACAUGAGAAGCGGAACUGGAUAGCUGUCUUCGAGUACCUGGCUCAGGCAGAUUUUCACCUCAAACAACCUCAGCAUGUCUGGACCUGUCUCUGGAUGGAUGCCUACGUCAGAAGACAGCCAGCUUCACCACUGCUCAAAUCAUGCUGGGCGGCAUGGAGAAGCUUCUUCUCCCAACACAGGAAGACUCCUGCAACAAGGGAGGAGGUACUGAGGCAACCACUCUUCGACAAUCAUCUCCUGUGUCAGGAGGAUGGAACGCCUUUCCCGGCUACAACCUCAGGAGGAGCCUUCGGAAGAAGAUGGGUGGAGAAGGGGAUUCUCACAGUUGCAGAUCUCUGGGAUCAAGAGGAAUCCUGGUGGCUCUCAGAGGAAACGCUAAGGGACGCACUGGGCAGACUACACUAUGUAGAGCAGAGACGAAGGCAGCUCAUAGAUGCAGUUCCACCUGCCUGGCAGAACCUGCUGCAAGCGGACACCCUAGUGGAGGGACAAUGGUAUGUCCAAAGACAAGCAGGUGAACGAGAAGACAGACCGACCAAGAUUCUCCUUUCCGAGGAACAAUUGACUGAGGAGUACUUCUGCGCGCAGGAGUGGACGCAGGCUCAACAAUGCGGGACAGGGAGCAGACAAAGACUCACUUAUGUGAGGCAAACAUGCUUGCAGAUGGAAAUCCCACUCGAGCUGGUGAGAGUCCAUACCAGCACCACAAGACGAGGAAUCUCAAGGCAUGACCUACUUCUUGCAGGAACACCGCUUGCUGCAGCAAGGCUAGACCCGCUAGCAGAAAUCAAGGCAAGAGACGGUGGUCAUACUACCUGCCUCUGUGAGUUUACCACUACUGUAGGCAGGGAGAGCCUAGCUAAACCCACCAUUUCCACUGCAGAGGCAACCAGGAGACUCGCAAGAGUAACAAUGGACCCAGCGCUCGCUGAGAUCGUCAACCUCAACGAUGUUUGGACACAGCUCCACAUGCUUCCUUCACUAAAAUUCGCAACUUUCCUGUGGCUUCUCACUCACACGAUAGUGCCUUGUGCGGUAUGGCUUUUCGAAAAAGGCAUGGAUCUGCCCACCAAAUGCCUGAGAUGCGGAGGCAGAGAGGAGGAAACCCUCCAACAUCUCAUCUGGUCCUGCCCAGCAUCCUACCGUAUCUGGAGAUGGUGGAACAGCCACUGGAAUCACUUUGUAGGGGAUGCGCUUCAGUGGAACGAAGCCUGGGCUUUGGGAGGACAGAUCCCAGACCACUGGUUCAAAAGAAGGGGUAAAGGAUAUGUCGCGCAAGCAAUCCGCUCAGUGAUACUCUGGUCAUCUGUACAGACAGGAACAGCAUCCUCUUUGAGCAGAAGUGGACCUCAGACGUGGCAAUACAAAGGAAGAUCAAGGCAUUGAUCCGGACGCUGAUAAUUGUGGACUGGGCAAGAAAGGCAGCCAAAGGCACAUCC